AUGGCCUCGUAUCUAGUGACAGGCUCUUCUCGAGGACUCGGAUUGGCGUUAAUUGCCCGUCUAGCGACAUUGCCCAAAACUGAGGUUGGGACAAUUAUUGCCACCGCGCGCCAGGAUAAUUCUGCUCAAUUGAAGGAAAUUGCAAACGCCUCAUCAGGGCGAGUGCAGAUAGUUACGUUAGAGGUCACUGAUGAAUCCAGUGUGAAAGAGGCCGUGGCGGCAGUAGAGCUCCAGCUGCAAGGGAAAGGGCUUGACUAUCUAGUCAACAAUGCAGGAGUGCUUGACUGGUCCCCAAAGGGACUGGAAGGAAUGGACAAUCUAAACGAGACAUUCAAUGUCAACGUUACUGCGCCACAUCUUGUAUCGCGCGCCUUCCUGCCACUUCUGCACAAAGGCGAGAAGAAAACAAUAAUCAAUAUAUCGACCACUUUAGGCUCCAUCGCUAGGGCUGAUGUGUAUCGAUCCAUGCCGUCACCGGCAUAUAAGAUCACAAAGGCCGCAUUAAACAUGCUCACUGUGCAAUAUGCUCAGCAAUAUGCGGAGGAUGGCUUCACUGUUCUUGCAAUCACUCCUGGUUGGCUUCGCACUGAACUUGGUACCGAUCGAGCAGACCUUCCGGUUGAAAUAGGUGCUGAGAAGGUCCUGGAUAUCAUACAAAAGGCAACGCCAGAGCAGAAUGGAAAAUUUUUGAACAUAGAUGUCCCUGGAUGGCAUGUGCGAGAGGGCCCAAACCAGUAUGACGGCAAAGAAGUGCCUUGGUGA